AGUCUUUUUUUUCCCGGUCAUAGGAAUAAAAGAUGAACAAGAAAAUAAACACAAAAAGACAACAAAGUCGACGACUACUCUUCAACAUCUAAUCUCAAACCCUUUUGAGACGACCGUUCAACGCGUCUUGUCUCUCUGCAACUCCAUUGGCACAUACCAAACCCAAAAGACCUCUCAACACUUCUUCAUCCAUGGAGAAGAUCAUCCCAAACCUUCUUCCUUCAUCGAUCAUCAUCAUCCUCCUCCUCCUCUGUUCCUCUCCCCCCGCCAUGGCUGCCGACGAAGACGACAUAAGAUGCUUAAAAGGAAUCCAAACCUCCCUCACCGACCCUCAGGGCGCUCUCAGAUCAUGGAACUUCGCCAACACGACCCUCGGCUUCCUCUGCAACUUCGUCGGCGUCUCCUGCUGGAACAACCAAGAGAACAGAGUCAUCAACCUCGAGCUUCGAGACAUGGGCUUGUCCGGUCGGAUCCCAGAGUCCUUACAGUACUGCGGGAGCUUGCAGAAGCUCGAUCUAUCCACCAACCGCUUAUCCGGUAACAUCCCUCCACAGCUCUGUACUUGGCUACCGUUCUUGGUCUCUCUCGAUCUCUCCAACAAUGACUUAAACGGCGAGGUUCCCCCUAGUUUAGCUGAGUGUAGAUUCGUUAACUCUUUGGUUCUCUCUAAAAAUCGGUUAACCGGUCAAAUCCCGGUUCAGUUAUCCUCUCUUGGAAGGUUAGCAACGUUCUCCGUCUCCGACAACGACUUAACAGGUCGCAUCCCUUCUUUCUUCGCCUCCUCGGCUAAGUAUUCAUCCGAUGACUUUGCUGGAAAUAAAAGACUUUGCGGACGUCCUUUAUCCUCCACCUGUGGAGGGUUAAGCAAGAAGAAUCUUGCUAUAAUCGUUGCAGCUGGUGUGAUCGGUGCGGCUGCUUCGACGCUGUUAGCGUUUGGCGUUUGGUGGUAUUACUACCGUACGAGGAAGAGAAGGACUCUGAACGAAGAAGGAGUUAGCACCUUGGCGCGGAGGCUUAUCAGCCAUAAGCUGGUGCAAGUCUCUCUGUUCCAGAAGCCUCUGGUUAAGGUUAAGCUCGGUGACCUCAUGGCCGCGACCAACGGUUUCAGCUCGGAGAAUGUUAUUGUUACCACUAGGACCGGGACCACGUACAAGGCGGUUCUCCCCGAUGGGUCGGCGCUCGCGGUGAAGCAUUUGAGCGAGUGUAAGCUCGGGGAGAAGGAGUUUAGGUACGAGAUGAAUCGGCUUUGGGAGCUGCGGCACCCUAACUUGGCGCCGCUUCUUGGCUUCUGCGUCGUGGAGGAGGAGAGGCUUCUUGUUUAUAAGUACAUGUCGAACGGCACGCUGAUGAGUUUGCUGGAGGGUGAUGAGGAACUGGAUUGGUUAACUCGGUUUAGGAUCGGUUUGGGUGCGGCUAGGGGUUUGGCUUGGCUUCACCAUGGGUGUAGGCCUUCUAUACUCCACCAGAAUAUUUGUUCGAGUGUGAUUCUCGUUGAUGAAGAUUUUGAUGCGAGGAUUGUAGACUCAGGGCUUGCUAGGCUUAUGGUUCCUUUAGAUAAUAACGAGAGCAGUUUCAUGACUGGUGACUUGGGUGAGUUUGGUUAUGUAGCUCCAGAGUAUUCAACCACAAUGUUAGCUUCGUUAAAAGGUGAUGUGUAUGGACUUGGGGUUGUUCUCUUGGAGUUGGCGACAGGGGUGAAAGCUCUUGGUAAAGAAGGUUUUAAAGGGAGCUUGGUUGAUUGGGUGAAGCAUCUUGAGAGCUCCGGGAGACUCGUUGAUGUAAUUGAUGAAGAGAUUAAAGGGAAAGGGUGUGAUGAAGAGAUUAUUAAGUUUGUUGAGGUGGCUUGUAACUGUGUGGCUUCAAGGCCUAAAGAGAGAUGGUCUAUGUUUAAGGCGUAUCAGUCACUUAGAGCUAUGGCUGAGAAACAAGGCUAUUCGUUUACAGAACAAGAUGAAGAUUUCCCUUUGAUUUUCAAUACACAAGAGAAUGAAUGAGACAGUGUGAAGUUAAUAAAGCCUUAUGUGAAAACCUUAUCUUGAGGUAAUUAUUUGUGUAUAGCAUCUUGUACUACCUUCCUACUACCAAGUUAGAAGAUGCAUUAUUCCAUAAAGCUUCUAAAAAUGUAUUUGUAGACUUAUGUUAUUGUAAUAGAGAACAAAGUGUAUAUGCUAAGUGUCUUCCCUUGUGUCUUGUGUCUCUAAAAAGAUACUCCCUCUGUUCCAAAUAGAUGAUGUUACAUGA